GAUCCUUGCCCCCUUCGACAACAUGGUCGCUGGUGGUGAGUCGACCGCUGCGGUUGUGUGGUCAGAUGAGCUCCUCCAGUGUUUUCAUAGGGCUCAGCAGGCGUUAUCUACUAGUUGCGCUGUAACAAUACCACGACCUGAUGAUCAACUUUGGAUUGUCACCGACGGUGCUCUUAGGGAUCCAGGGCUAGGCGCGACAAUGUAUGUUACGAGGGGGGAAAAGUUGUUGAUCGCCGGACACUUUAGCGCUAAGCUUCGCAAAAAUCAGAUCAAUUGGCUUCCGUGUGAGAUUGAGGCCCUAGCUAUAGCCGCUGCUCUGAAGCAUUUUGGUCCAUAUAUUACUCAGUCAUCACAGAAGGCGUGUGUGCUCACUGACAGUAAACCAUGCGUACAGGCCUUUGAGAAGCUGUGUAGGGGGGAAUUUUCUGUGAGCCCACGUGUUACUACUUUCUUGUCUACUGCAAGCCGCUUUCAGGUCUCAGUUCGUCAUGUUGCUGGGGCUGCUAUUCUCCCUUCAGAUUAUGCUAGCCGCCAUGCUGCACAAUGUGACAGUCCGGCAUGUCAGGUGUGUAGCUUCGUCCGUGAAUCCAUGGUCUCUGUCGUGUGCCGUACUGAUGUUGCCGACAUCUUGCGGGGAGCUCAGAAGUUGCCCUUUGCCAAUAGGGCCACAUGGGUGUCUAUUCAGGCUGAGUGUCCAGACCUCCGCAGGGUACGCGCACAUCUUCGGCAGGGUACACGCCCUUCCAAGAGAGUUACCAAUGUCAAAGAUGUGAAACGGUAUUUAAAUACUGUUACCUUAGCAAGGGAUGGGCUGUUAGUUGUGCGGCGUGACACACCACUGUCAAACACUACCGAAUGCAUCGUUGUUCCAAGCUCAGUACUGCAUGGGUUGCUUAUGUCAUUGCACAUUAGGUUAGACCACCCCUCGGCUCACCAGUUGAGACUUGUCGUUGGCCGGUACUUCUACGCGCUGGACUUGGAUUCAGCCAUCCAGCUUACCAGUAAGGGAUGUCACCAAUGUGCUGCACUGACUAAGUCUCCUGUGUUCGCAGUGGAGCAGUCCAGCUGUGAUCCACCUGAGAGGGUUGGGUCUACUUUUGCAGCUGACGUGCUUAAACGUGAGCGCCAGCUCAUCUUAGUCGUUCGUGAGCGUGUGACAACCUUUACAUCUGCAUUGUUAAUUGAUGACGAGCGGAAGGAAACGUUGCGGGAUGGUAUUUUACGCUUGUGUAUUGGCCUUCGUCCGCUUGAUGGCCCCUUUGCUAUAGUUAGAACUGACCCAGCACCAGGUUUUUCAGCACUGGCCAAGGACACAGUGUUUGCUCAACACAGGCUGGCCAUUGAGGUUGGCGAUGCUAAAAAUAUCAACAAAAAUCCGGUGGCCGAAAAGGCCAUCCAGGAGCUACAGGGCGAGAUUUUGCGACUAGAACCACACUGUGGGGUCGUCACCCCCUUACUAUUGUCUGUAGCUGUUGCUCGGUUAAAUAGCCGUAUUCGGUCACGUGGCAUGUCAGCCCGUGAGAUGCUGCUGCAGCGUGAUCAGUUCUCUCUCGAACAGUUACCGGUGCAUGACCGGGAACUGAUUGCGUUUCAGCAUGCACAAUGCCUGGCUAACCACCCCCACAGUGUUAAAGCUAAAGCUCCACUGAGUCGGGGUGCACCUAGCCUUGAUAUUUGCCCUGUCGACCUUGUGUAUUUGUAUAGCGACCGUAACAAGUCACGAGCUCGAAGCAGCUAUCUUGUGCUUAGUUCAGACGGGAUGUGGUGCAACGUCC